UCCCUGGAGCGUGAGCGGGCGCGGGCUUCGCGACUGCGCAGUAGAGUUGCUCUGUCGCCGCGGUGAAGAGAGAGACGCGAUGGCGGGUCCCGCGUGGAUGUCCAAGGUCUCUCGGCUGCUGGGGGCAUUUCACAACCCAAAACAGGUGACCAGAGGUUUUGCUGGUGGUGUUCAGACAGUAACUUUAAUUCCAGGAGAUGGUAUUGGCCCUGAGAUUUCAGCCUCGGUUAUGAAGAUUUUUGAUGCUGCCAAAGCGCCCAUUCAGUGGGAGGAGCGGAACGUCACUGCCAUCCAAGGGCCGGGAGGAAAGUGGAUGAUCCCUCCGGAAGCCAAGGAGUCCAUGGACAAGAACAAGAUGGGCCUGAAAGGCCCUUUGAAGACCCCAAUAGCUGCUGGUCACCCAUCCAUGAACUUAUUGCUGCGUAAAACCUUUGACCUCUAUGCAAAUGUCCGACCAUGUGUCUCCAUCGAAGGCUAUAAAACCCCUUACACCGAUGUAAAUAUCGUCACCAUUCGCGAGAACACAGAAGGAGAGUACAGUGGAAUCGAGCAUGUGAUUGUGGAUGGCGUUGUGCAGAGUAUCAAGCUCAUCACCGAGGAGGCAAGCAGGCGCAUCGCAGAGUUCGCCUUUGAGUAUGCCCGGAAUAAUCACCGGAGCAACGUGACCGCCGUGCACAAAGCCAACAUCAUGCGAAUGUCAGAUGGGCUUUUUCUGCAGAAAUGCAGGGAAGUUGCAGAGAACUGUAAAGACAUUAAAUUUAACGAGAUGUACCUCGACACAGUAUGUUUGAAUAUGGUCCAAGACCCGUCCCAGUUCGAUGUUCUUGUUAUGCCAAACUUGUAUGGAGACAUCCUGAGCGACCUGUGUGCAGGAUUGAUUGGAGGUCUCGGCGUGACACCAAGUGGCAACAUUGGCGCCAACGGGGUCGCGAUCUUCGAGUCGGUUCACGGGACGGCCCCGGACAUCGCUGGCAAGGACAUGGCCAACCCCACGGCCCUGCUGCUCAGCGCGGUGAUGAUGCUGCGCCACAUGGGGCUGUUCGAGCACGCUGCGAAGAUCGAGGCGGCCUGCUUCGCCACCAUUAAGGACGGGAAGAGCUUAACAAAAGAUUUGGGAGGCAAUGCAAAAUGCUCGGACUUCACACAAGAAAUCUGUCACCGAGUGAAAGACUUAGAUUAAGGCUUUACAGAUGGCACCCACCUCCGUCCCCGCCGCCCAAGCCACGUGGAGCUGAGCGAGAACACGUUCCAUUCUGAGUGCACCGGGUCUCCCGGCCUCCGCCAGAGCACCUCUGGGCCUGGCCUUUCACCCAAGUCCGCAAAGGGCGCAGGUGACGUCCCCUGGGUGUGCUUUCCAAGGACUUUUCCAAGUGCUUGUUUUAUUUAUUGAUGUCUAUUUGGUAAACAUUUUUUGUAAGCUCUUAAGUGGACUGUAUCAUUUACCAUUGUUAACCAUUUUACACUUCAGUUGAAACCGUUUUCCUCAGCUGUAAACAUGAUAUACCAUUAAUAAGAGAAAACAUCUAACUUUCUAAAGAAAAAGUUGUCACUAGUUUAUGAAAAAUGUAAUAAAAAUAAAACAGAAUACUGACAUAAUAGCACAACAUGACAUUCUUAUCAAAUGAACGGGCACCAGAGAAAUUUCCUAGGAAAGUUCACAUCACAAACUGUGACCACGGUGUGUUUCUUCAUGAUACGGAAAACUAACACAGAUCUGUCCUUUAUAUGAAUUACUGACUAUGAAUAAAGACUUCAAAUCCAAGAAAUACGAGAGGUAACUUCUGUUACUAAGAUACAGAGUGAUACGGUGGCUACAAAGACACAGCUACAUUGAAUUAUUUUGUUACCUUGAGCCUUUCAUGAAGCGAAGGGCCGAACUUCCUUCUCACUGGACACACUAAGCAUCAUGGGUAACAGCCGUGGAGGCCCCACCCGACAGUCCGGUGUGGCAGCUGACCUGCGUGCGGUCACACUUCUGCAGCACGCGUCCCCCUCCGGCCGGUCCUGCUGAGGGGCCUGACCACACUAUUAAUUCCGUGUUUCAGAGGCUGCCCUCCCUGCCCCAGAGCACCCCCAGGGAGGGGCCAGGUUGCAGACAGCAGACGCCUGAGCCGGGUCACAGCCAGCAGCAGGGACCUGGGCUCGGGCUCGGCCCUCAGGCGCCGCUCCCCCCAGCAUGGUUUUCCUUCGCCCUCAGGUGCUGAGUCACUGUUUUCCUGAACAGGCACCCUUUGGCCCCAAACCAAAGGCAACUCACGUUGCUCCUCGUGUAACGACACAAACCUGAGGCUCUGCUUAAUGGGCCCGGGUCACGGGAUACCUUAACGACAGGUAUCCCUGCCUGGGUGCUUUUUAAGGCUUGUAACCAGACUUGCAAUCUCACAUGUGUUUCACUGUUUCAGCUGUUGCUUCCUCUGUUUUGUUGAAAUUUGUGACUUCCUCUUGUGUUCACACUAAUAAAGAAUUCCGGAGCUGAC